AAAAUGUCUGCAGCCAUAAGAUUGGGUUCAACUCUGAAAGAACUGAGGCUUCACUUGUGUCAAACAGGAGCUGCUAGCAAAGGAGUUAGGGAAUUUAUAGAAAAAUACUAUGUAGAGUUGAAAUCCAAUAACCCGAAGUUCCCUAUUUUAAUCAGAGAAUGCUCAGGAGUUGAACCAAGGCUAUGGGCAAGAUAUGAAUUUGGGAAAGAAAAGAGUGUUUCAUUGAAAGAUUUAUCAGCAAGUGAUGUUUUGUUGAGGCUAGAAACAAUGUCAAAAUAGGAAUGCUAUAUUAUCCUGAGUUGUGAAUUUGAGCUGUGUCCUGAAUAAAAAAACUUAAAAUACAGUAAUAUUAC